GGCGAGACAGCUGUCGGGUGCGGCCAUAUUGUGGGAAAGGUUCUUGUGCAGUGGGGGAAAACUUCUACAUAUCCCCGAAUAUCGGUGUCAUCAGCGCGGGUCCACCAUGACGGAGCGGGAGGAUAACGUCUACAGGGCCAAGCUCGCCGAGCAGGCAGAAAGAUACGACGAAAUGGUGGAGGCUAUGAAAAUGGUAGCUUCAAUGGAUGUUGAACUAACGGUAGAGGAGCGAAACCUUCUAUCUGUCGCAUACAAGAAUGUUAUUGGUGCACGACGAGCCUCUUGGCGAAUAAUCUCUUCUAUUGAGCAGAAAGAAGAAAACAAGGGUGGCGAAGAAAAGUUAGAAAUGAUCAGGAAUUACAGGACACAGGUGGAGAAAGAGCUAAAGGAUAUUUGCUCCGAUAUAUUGGGUCUUUUGGAUAAACACCUUAUUCCCACGGCCUCUGCUGGAGAGAGCCGUGUGUUCUUCUACAAGAUGAAAGGAGACUACCACAGUUUUUUAAUUUACAGGUUGGGUCUGGCACUGAAUUUCUCAGUUUUUUAUUACGAGAUCUUGAAUAGUCCAGAACGGGCAUGUCGUCUGGCGAAGGCUGCAUUUGAUGAUGCAAUUGCAGAGUUGGACACAUUAUCAGAGGAGAGUUACAAAGAUUCCACUCUUAUUAUGCAGCUGUUGCGAGACAACCUUACGUUAUGGACCUCAGACAUGCAAGGAGAGAGUGGAGAUGGUGAUCAAAGAGAGAAAGAACAAGUGCAGGAUGUGGAGGACCAGGAUGUAAGCUAAUGUGGUAGUGGCGGCGGUGGCCCCCUUCACCCCUCUACCACCACCACCACCCUCUUACUCCUCUUGUACUAUUACCACCACCACCACCACCACCAUACUACUACCACCACCACCCCUUCCCACAGCGGAGCUCCAGUAUCAACACCAUCAUGUCUCCAACACUGCCAAAGAUGUCAACAUCACCUAUACCAUUUUGCAACAGGAAAGAUGGAGUGCUAUUUCAGGAAGCGCUUGUAGAAUGCAGUUAAUAGGGAUGGGUUUUCUGUGUGCAUUCAUUAGUUUCAGUAAUUUAUGCCUACAGUUGCUACUCAUUACUUGAGGUAUACAUUAAAUUUUGCAUGCUUUAACUUAACAUGGUAACCAGUUGUAUAUUUAGAUGUAUUUGCUGUGUCAAGGGCAAAAAUCUUGAAGUCUGGUGUGGACACUUUGGUUGCGUUCUGUGCAAAGUGAAUUUAAUAAUGAUGGAGCUCUGCUGUGAUGAUGGGAAAGGACUUGGCACCAUCAUUCCAAUCCUUCGUCCUAUGUUUGGCAUUUUCAUCACAUUCUUUGUGUUUGAAAAGAUCCAUUGCAUAUUUGUUGUGUAUUUAUUGAUAUUGGUACGUGAUAAGAAAUUUAAAUAUUAGGUAGGAUACUUCUCAUUUUAUGCUAUGAUUUCCUUGUAUAUUUUCAUAAGGUCUUAAAUUAAGACCAUUUCUGUUAAUCCAUCUUUGGUGUUCGGUGUCUGAAGUGGACAUUUAUGUUCCCCAGCUCAAUGUUUACUUAUGGCCCGAGGUGAGCAAGUUGGGUAACCAAGAUCCAGCUUAACCAGCCUUUCAACACUCCAAUCCCCAAAAACCCUACCCAGUUGGGGCUCCAUAUCCUCAAUAUUAUCCGGAGGCCAGCAUUUCCUCUCGAGCAUUGGGUCAUUUACAUUAUCUGACAUUUUUGUACCAUGCAAUCUCUCCAUACAGUGUGAAUGAGCUAAAGCGCAUUUUGGCACUUAUUUUUAUUGCUUGGGGAAUUAGCACAGUUAAGUUGAUGGAAUCAUCUUUUAAUCGUUUGUCUGUCAGUCCAAGUUGUCUUGUUGUUCUAACCGUUUAUAUAUCAUUGCAGAACAUGUUUGUUAGGAUGAAGUUUGUGGCCUAUUUGGUAGGGUGUUUGCAGAAACUAACAUGCUUGAAACUGCCACAAUGAAAUUAUACAUUUUCAAGCAGUUAGGAAAAGGUGAGCAUGGGUUAUUGACUUUUGACUAGUAGGUAUACUUCACUUUGAGCUUUCAGCUAUAUGUACAGCAUCCCUAGAUCAGCAGCCAUACCCUAAACCUCAUUUUUUUUUUUUUUUUUCCUGAAAAUAUCCGAGUCACAUCAUUUAGUGUUUACUGAGUAGUUUGUGCUUCAGUACACUGCUUUUCCCCAGCUGUGUGUGAUUGUGGUCACAAAAAUUUACUGGCCAGAUGAGUAAUAAGCCUUUUGUAGAUAACUGCAAAAGGCUCUAUUACACUAACAGGAGUAACUUCAUGGGCUCUUGUGACAGUCACAACUAAACAGGAGCCCAUGAAACUUGAAUAGGUGAGUUUAGUGUUAUAGUAAUGUUCCAUUGCUGCUGGUGCAGAGACUGCACCAUCAGAGUAAAUAAGCUCAUUAGUAUGACCAUGCGUGAAAGUUUUUAUGGUUUAAGGAAUAUCACCACUGAUCAGUCUUGUCUAUUAAAAUCCAGCCAGCCUAUUCUUUUAGUUACAUCUUUUAACAUCCAUAUUUAGUUGAUCGCUUGGUGCUGCCUCUUGUUGCAAAGAACUCAAACUUUCCCCUUGUUGCAGCGAAGGCAUUUUGAUAAGAGCCACUUAUUUGAGGCACUAAUAUUUUUGGGGGGAUAUGCACAGGUCACUUUGUUUCCAGGUUUAAUGUAUCUUGAGUAAACUAGAUGACCUGGUGUACCUACAACGUAAUAAAUGCACUGAAUUGACAAGAUUUUUCCAGUUCACUAGUCUCAUAGGAUGUAUUUUAUAAUAAAAUUUAAUAGUCUUGGAAAAAGUUGUAGCAUGAGCAUUCUCUCGUUAAGGUUUGCUCAAGAGUUUGGAAGGUGUGGGUUGGUGGUAGAUAGUUUCAACAAGUGUUGACAAGUUCCCCUUCUCCCUCUUCCUGCUCACUCUUUUUCCUUGUGUUGAGGAGAGCUUGUUUCUCCUGGUAAUUCAUUGGAUGAAAAGAGAGAAGGUGUUGAACAUAUCUUCUACCUGGCCCACAGAGCCAUUUAACUAGCUCGAAAAUUUCCCCUCCCCUCAUCCACACCUUUCCCUCACCAUCUCUGGCCCUUCGUUUUGUGUGGGUCACUCCUAGUUGCUGGUACAGUAGGCUAUGCUUAGCCCUUCCUGGCUUCUUCUGUGUCUAGUAUUUGUGUCGCAACUGGGGAAAAUUGACCCGGGUGCAAAACUUUCUAAGCUCGGAGUCGCUCGUUGCGUCACAUCUUGUGCUUUGUCAUUUGAAUGAUCACAACUAUCCAUUUUAAUAUCUACAUUUGUCAGUGAAUGGAGGAAUUGUUACUUCUUGAUCAUUAAAGUUGGAUAUUGUGUGUGGUCUCCAUAAGGUUACCACUUUUAUAAGGUUGGUGGAAUCUUGAGAGGUCAGUCAUUGAGCUGCUGUUGGUGCUUCAAUAAGGCUCUUUAUUUUUCAACAUAUUGAGGGAACAAUCCUUAUUGAUGUGCUUUAUUUAGAAGAGCUCUCAGUUACUGACCAAAUAACUUGUUUUGACCCAAGACAUUCCAGAGAGCAUUUUUGUAGUGGAAUACCUAAAUGAGCAACCAAGUGAUCACUCGGGCCUAUUCGUGCUACCGCUGCCAGCAGAUGGCUACCACUGUUGGUGAUGAGCACUUUCUUACAGUUCUUGGUGCUAGCAGAAACUGCCUCUAGGCACUCGUGGCAAUAAAAAAUACAAAUUGACAACUGACAAGUGCAGCUUCUCAAAUUCACAUACAGGUUACAAAUAAAGAUAAGAGCAUUGUGUACAGAGUAACAAAAAAGGGUCUGUGCUGGCAUAUUCAUUCUGUAGAGGCUUUUAGAUAGGGUUGGCUAAGUUUGUAGCCAGUUAUUUGUGUAGCAACCUAGGAAAGCUUGACCUUUGCAAGUUGUGUGUUUGGGUUUAAUUUCCAGGUUUGGCACGAAUGCCGGCAGAAAAUGGACAGUGUAGUAGACUUGCAAAACACGAGCCACAACAGUAGCUGUCAAUACAGUCCACAAUUGGUAUGACCAUGUGUUGUAUUUUUUACUACAAUACUACUCGUUAUACAUGCUAUACACCAAGAGUUGUGAUUCUUGCUAGAAUGUGCCCCUCUAUGUAAAUACCAAAUUGUGAUAGGCAAAGCACAUGUGUCAAUGCACUUGCAUGUCAAAAGUGUUUGAUUAAACCUCAUAUUCUCUAUAA